AUGGCUACAAAGUAUGAGUUACCCGAAGAAGCCAACGUAAAACUGCUAAGCAAUUUGGGAGAGGAAGUAGAAAUGAAGACCUUUAAAACAAACGUUCGAUCGACUUUAGAGUAUGACGAAAAUCAAAGGCUGCUUAUCAAAAUUCUUUGCCUCGGAGACUAUACCGGGGGAGUGGACAGAAAAGGGGUACUUAUAAAAGAUUACCUGCAAGUCACACCACCGGCACCGAACCCAUCUAUCGUCCAUCUGGGGCCACUAAUCGGUUGCGACUUUCACUUGAAAACAAUAAAAUGGGAAAAAGUCGGCGAUCACAAUCCAUGGCCAAUUACCAUCAAAUUACAUUUAUUUGAGGUGGCAGAACAAGAGCGCUACUGUACACACAUGAGAAAUGUUUAUUAUAGGGACAGUCAUGGGGCAUUAAUAUUCUGGGGUCGGGGCAAUUCAUCCUCACUGGAUGGAGCCCCGAAAUGGUUGAAAGACGUGAACAGAACUUGUCCAUCAAUUCUGUGCGUUCUUGUCACGGACAACACUUCAAAUAAGCCUCUGUACGGUCCUGGCGAGAAAUUCGAGAAUAAGAUGGCAUUUGAUCAGUUCUGGAAAGAUCACGGCUUUGUCGGUCAUUUUGAGAUCAAGUCCCGUGACUGGGAAUCUGGUGAAAAUAGCGUUUUCGGACAAGCUGUCAACUGCCUUAUUGAGAAGAUUUUAACUGAACGAACUUAA